UAUAAGCUAUAUAAGUGCGACGAUCCGGUGUCCGUAGUUUUUAUUCACCGAUCGACUUCUAUAGAGACAAGAUGGCCAAGACCAAUGGAAUUUUCGUCAUGUGCAUCGUCAUGGUAGCCAUGAUGGCAGCCGCAAACGCCUUCCUGGAGCCUUUCGCCAGCCAUUUUUUGGCCAAGAAAAUGCUCCUGAAACAAGGAUUUGGUGUGCCACCCGCCGUUCCCCAGACGUCCGCGGUGUUCUACGGAGGACACUAUUACCAGCAGCAGCAGCCACGACCCCCGUCAACAGUCACGUUCCCGUCUUACGGGCCACCACCGUCGACUCCUAGCUACCCCUCGUACGGACCACCACCCAGCCCCAGCUACCCCGCGUACGGACCGCCGCAGUCCAGUUACAGCGGAUACAGUGAGCCGUCACCACAGGUCGUCGUAUUCAAGCCCAUUGCGCCACCCGCCGGAUGUCUGCCCAGCAGCAACCCCAGUCCGCAGAUUGAUUAUUCCAACUACGCGGAGCACGGCGGUCACGGUUUCGGCAGCUACGGCAGCGUCGGCGCCCCCACUAGUAACGGCAAUAAUGGUGGCUACGGCAAGAAGUAGACUUCGCCCUACUUACCCACUGAAGUAAUGCAUUGGAAACACGCAUGCGGACACAUUUGAACAUUUGACGAAAAAAAAAAAAAAAAAAC